AUGGGUCUGAAGAUGGCUGAAUUCGAACCGUUCCCAGUCUCCUCCGAGUACUUCGCAAAGCCCGGUACUGCGCCCCACUCCGACGCCCCGUUCCUCCCGUACUGGGCCCGCUGUCGCACGCAGUGCGCCCAGAACUUGCUGGACUCCUCCGACGAGCCCAUCGAGUACGAUCACGACGACGAGGACUACAGCGACAACUGCUUUUUCUUCCCCGAGGAUUGUUCCUGGACUCCUCCUAAAGACUGGGUUGUGGAGGCCCACUGUCAGUCAACCAAACAGGUCCCUGAGAUCCGCAUCCACGAAGAUCCCCUGGGUGGCCUGGACGCCGCCGCCGACACCAUGAUUCCCGGUCUACCUGAUAUUAAGAUGCUCGACUCGGAGGCGCUGGGCGAUCUGCUGGAGGAUAAUCUCUCCCCGCCAGAGAUCACGACAAUGAUCGUGUUCGCUACCAACGGUGCCGUCUUUGCCUAUGCCUCUUCCCUCUCAUCCCGCCAGCUACGGAACCUGAGCUCGACCUAUGGCGCCGCAUAUACCUGCUACGCCAAGACCGCAUCAAGCGGAAACCUUACAGGGGUAAAUCCCGCCAGCCACCCGUCAUCCUACGUGACGGCCCAAUCCAUGUCGCUGGGCGACGUGGGAUCGAUUGUCUUUGAGCUGGACGACUCGGUGGCAGUGGUGACCCGUAUCGCGGACAAGGUCCUGCUGGCUGCAGUGGGUCCUAACAAGCUCGACGACACGAUAAACGGCGACGCGGCCGAUCACCUCGCGGUGGACGGCCCAAGUGACUCAACGGCUGGUAAUGGAACCACGCCAGAUGAGUCACAGGGUGAGGGUGGUGUGCCUUCUUCGAACACGCCAGCACAUAACGGUGCCCUCGAGGCUCAACACGAGAUCGACCGGAGCGCCGAUCUAUCCAGACUGGCUAGUCUGAACCUCUCUGCUUCACCAUCUGUGCUGCUUGCGCUGGAGUCUAAAUGUGCGGCUCUCGGGCGAUUCCUGGGAGAAAAAUUGAGUGAUCUCGAGAGCCCGGAGGAUUUCUAA